CUUAUCUAAUCAACAACAUGCAAACAAAAACUCGCAGGUAAGUCGAAAAUAAAAUUCCAAAUAGUCAAAAUGGCUAGCAAGUUUUUGAAUCCAUCGCUUUAUGUGAAAAAUCCAAACGGAUUAAAAACGAUUUAUCAAGCAACAUUAAGGUUAUGCAGCCAACAACACUUCGAAACCGUCAAAACCUCAAAAGCCGGCGCUCAAAACAACGUGGGACUCAUCCAGCUCAAUCGACCAGAAGUUCUAAACGCUCUAAACGAAACAGUUUUCAAAGAGCUGCAUUUGGCUAUAAAAAGCUUCCAUAACGAUAACACAAUAGGCGCUAUAGUCAUAACAGGCAACGAUAAAGCUUUUGCAGCAGGAGCAGACAUAAAAGGACUAGGACCUCUCACUUUUCCCAAACUAUUACUGACUGAAUCCGAAGGGAACAAGGCCAAUUUCGAGACCAACAAGCCCAUAAUCGCCGCUGUAAAUGGAUAUGCGUUUGGUGGAGGUGCUGAAUUAGCAAUGAUGUGCGACAUCAUAUAUGCAGGAGAAAAAGCCAAAUUCGGUCUACCAGAAAUCCUGCUGGGCAUCAUACCAGGCGGAGGGGGAACUCAAAGACUGUCGAAAACCGUUGGAAAAUACAAAGCGAUGGAAAUGAUACUAACAGGAUCUCCCGUUACCGCUCAAGACGCCGAAAAGAUGGGCUUGGUUUGCAAAAUCUUCCCGGUGGAUAAAGUGCUGGAAGAGAGCAUCAAACUAGCCGAGAAAAUAUCCGGGAAUUCCAGAAUCGCCAACGCCGUAGCCAAGGAAAGCGUGAACGCGGCCCUGGAAACCUCCCUGCAGGAGGGUGUGAAAUUCGAGAAAAGGUUGUUCCAGGCUUGUUUCGGCACCAAAGACCAGAAGGAAGGAAUGGCGGCUUUCAUAGAAAAGAGGAAGCCUAAUUUCACCAACGAAUAAGUUAAACAUGAUAAGAAUUUUUGGUUUUGUUUUGUAAUAAAGAUCAAUUUUAUAGUAAAUUUCAUCCGACCCCGUAGCAACCGGCAA